UGUCUAGGGAGUAGUGACAUCUGUUUAUUAGCCAAGAAUUUGUUACAUAACAGGUUUGUCGGAACCUGGGAUGCCUUUCCCCUCUAAUAAAAGUUAAGAUCUAAUAAAACGCCGGAAGGCUUUCACAGCCAUGAAGUUAGAGGAAGUCGUAUGAAGUCAUGAAUCGAGUAUUAAAUGCCAACAAACGAUUAGUUCAUUGGUUUGGGAACCAGUCGAAGACCAAACAAUUGUUGAGUCCAAGCCGUGACAACUGGUCGGCCACUAAAGCCAUUAUCAACAAUGAAUUGGAAGCCAUUAAAAGUUCUGGAGUCUGGAAAUCGGAACGAGUGAUCACUUCUAAACAGGACUCACACAUCAAUGUCGAGGGGAGGACAGAGAAAGUCAUAAAUUUCUGUGCCAACAAUUACCUCGGAUUAUCUAGUAAUCCGGAAGUGAUCGAAGCCGCUAAGGAUGCGCUCGACAAAUAUGGUUCGGGUCUGAGUUCUGUUCGCUUUAUUUGCGGCACUCAAGACAUACACAAACAACUUGAGUCCAAAAUCGCCAAAUUUCACGGCCGAGAGGACGCCAUCCUAUUUCCCAGUUGUUUCGAUGCAAACGCCGGACUCUUUGAGGCUCUGCUCUCCGCCGAAGACGCCAUCAUAUCUGAUGAGCUAAACCACGCAUCCAUUAUUGAUGGCAUACGUCUGAGUAAAGCCCAGAGAUUUCGGUAUAAACACAGAGAUAUGAAUGAUUUGGAGGACAUUCUCAAGAAUAACCAAAAGGCAAGGAAUCGGUUAAUAGCGACGGAUGGGGUGUUUAGUAUGGAUGGGAACGUCGCCCCUCUCGACAAAAUCUAUCAUUUGGCUCAAAAGUACAACGCGAUUGUGUUUGUAGACGAGUGUCAUAGCACUGGCUUUUUUGGCCGCACCGGCAGAGGAACCGAAGAGUUCUUCAAUCUGACGGGUAAAGUGGAUAUAAUUAACUCUACUUUGGGUAAAGCCUUGGGAGGUGCGGCCGGAGGGUAUACCACAGGACGUAAAGAACUCAUAGAUCUGUUGCGCCAAAGAGCGCGACCCUAUCUCUUCUCAAACUCAUUACCGCCAGCAGUGGUCGCCUCAGCCUCUAAAGUGUUUGACUUAUUGACACAAAACUCUUCGUUAACCGAAAGAGUCGAACGAAACACCAUUGCCUUCAGAACCGAAAUGAAAAGUUUUGGUUUCAAUAUUCUCGGCGACAAUCAUCCCAUUUGUCCCGUUUUUAUCGGCGACGCACGACUGGCCUCCACUUUUGCCGACUUAAUGCUCGAAUGGCAUUUAUGUGAUUGGAUUCAGUUAUCCAGUCGUUCCCAAAGGAAAGGCUAGAAUUCGGGUUCAAAUAUCGGCCGCACAUACCGAUCAAGAUAUCAAAAGUACAAUCGAGGCAUUCGUCAAAGUGGGACGACAUCUCAAAGUUAUUCAGUAAUUUAUGAGUUGGCAGAGGGAGGGAGAGAGAGAGAGAGAGAGAGCGAGAGAGAGAUGAGAAUUUAUUGAUUACAGAAUAAUUAUAACAGAAUUUUUAUAAGUAUACCGUACAAUGUACAGGUAGUUCAUGUUAAACAUUGUUAUAGAAACCAGAG